UUCCACUAUGUGGCAGUGGUUGCAAAACAGCAUAUUUGAAUGGAAGUAAAUGGACGGUCCCACUGGAAAGUGUUUAAAGCCUGGUUUUAAAGGUGUUUGGGGAAAAGGACUACUGACAUUACUACAAUGAGAAGACUGAGCAGAAGAAAUACUAUCGAUAUAGUGAAAGAUAUAGAUGCCUUUCCUAAGGUUCCAGAGAGCUGUGUUGUAACAUCAGCUUUUGGAGGCACAGUGUCUCUGAUUGUUUUCAUCCUCAUGGCACUUCUGGCCAUAUCAGAGUAUCUUGUGUACCAGGACACAUGGAUGAAAUAUGAAUAUAAAGUAGACACAGAUUUUACCAGUAAAUUGAAGAUAAAAAUUGACAUCACAGUUGCCAUGAAAUGUGAAAAGGUGGGUGCAGAUGUGUUGGAUAUUGCUGGCAAUGUCAUUGCGUCAAAGGAACUGAAAUAUGAUCCUGUUAGCUUCGAGCCCUCUCCAAAGAGACAAAUGUGGUAUCAGAUUUUACAGCAGAUUCAAAACAAUCUAAGGGAGGAGCGUUCACUUCAAGACGUACUCUUUAAAUCAGCGUUGAAAGGAUACUUUUCUGACCCAGUUCCAGGAAAUGAUUCUGAAUCCGAACCCCAGAAUGCAUGUAGGAUACAUGGACAAAUCUAUGUGAGUAAAGUAGCAGGGAACUUCCAUAUCACACUAGGCAAACCAAUUGAAACUAUCAGAGGUCAUGCCCAUUUUGCUUCAUUAUUAAAAAAUGAAGCUGUAUAUAACUUCUCACAUCGAAUUGAUCAUUUGUCUUUUGGAAACGAUGUUCCUGGACACAUCAAUCCCCUUGAUGGCACAGAAAAAAUUGCAUUUGAGCAAAAUAUGCUGUUUCAGUAUUUUAUCACAGUUGUUCCCACCAAGCUGCACACAUCAAAUGUUUCAGUGGACAUGCACCAGUUUUCUGUUACAGAAAGGGAGAGGGUUGUAAUCCAGGAGAAAGGCAGCCAUGGUGUAUUUGGGAUCUUUGUUAAGUAUAAACUGAGUCCAUUAAUGGUGAGCGUGAGCGAGGAGCAUAUGCCUCUCUCUGUGUUUCUUGUGAGAUUGUGUGGCAUCAUUGGGGGAAUCUUUUCAACUUCAGACCUGCUUCACAGAUUGAUUGGGUAUUUUGUUGACAUCAUCUGCUGUCGUUUUAAACUUGGUGCAAAUCAGGAGGUCACCAAGGAGGUUCUCACUGAUUAGGACAGCCUGGAACAUUUACAGUAUUCGAUGGAGGCCUUUAUCCAAAGCGACAAAUGAGAAGCAUACGUCAGCCGUGGAUAGCAAAAACUAACACAGAUUAUUUUAUAGAGGCCUCCACCCAAAUGCAAUUUCAUAUGUUUAUAUACUUUUAUUUUUUUCAUAAUUUCAUAAUCAUUCUUUCAAUAAGUGGACAAAGUCAAGUUAAAAUCUCCCAUUGUUAAUUACUUUCUAAUGUUUGUCAGACAAUCUAAAAAUGCCAACUCUACCAUGAUUUUGUGUAUGCUAAGUAAUAAAUUAAAAGUGCAUGGAUAUGUUACAUUACACAUGUCAGAAUUAAAAUCUCUUUCAAAGAA